AUCACUCGUCUGUUGGUCACCCUCUCCCCCUCUCACGUGAGAUACUCCAAUGGCCGCCGUCGUCGUCCUUGCUGCUGCCACCGCCGUCCUCGGCGCAACCGCUCCGGCCUUUGCCCCUCCCGGCGCUGGCCCGCAGUUCCAGACUGCCAACUACACUGGAUUCAGCAACGGCACUCUCCAGAACGGGCCUGUCGUACCCGGUCUUGCCUUCGACAGGUUUAUCCAGAUCUGGUUCGAGAACACCGAUUUCGCCGUCGCCAACUCCUCUGCCGUCUUCCAGCAGCUCGCGACCCAGGGUAUCCUCCUGUCCAACUACGUCGCGGUGACCCAUCCCUCCGAGCCCAACUACGCCGCCGUCGUCGGGGGUGAUUUCUGGGGCAUGGGGGACGACAACCUCCAUUACAUCCCGAACAACAUCUCCACUGUUGCCGAUCUCCUUGAUGCGAAGAACAUCUCUUGGGGCGAGUACCAGGAGAACCAGCCGUACGACGGGUUCCCAGGGUACAACUAUACCCAGGCGAACUACCUUAACGCUUCUGCUCCCCCGUACACCUACUAUGUGCGCAAGCACAACCCUCUAAUCCUGUACGACGUUGUUGCGAACGUUCCUUCCCGUGCCUCGAGGAUCAGGAACUUCAACGACUUUGCCGUCGACCUGGGGAACAACACCCUCCCCCAGUGGAGUUUCAUCACCCCCAACAUGGUGAACGACGCGCACGACACCACCAUCGACUUCGCAGCAGACUUCAUCACCUACUGGCUCAUUCCUCUCAUCAGCAACCCCAACUUCAACACCAACCGCACGCUCAUCGUCCUCACCUUUGACGAGAACGAGACUUACGGCGAUGUGAACAAUGUCUGGACCCUCCUGUUCGGCGGUGCCGUGCCCCAGCACCUCUGGGGAACGGUGGACAACACCUUCUACUCGCACUACUCCUGCAUCUCCUCCGUUGAGGCGAACUGGGGGCUCGGAAACCUCGGACGUGGCGACGUCAACAAGACCAUGUCCAACGUGUUCAACUUUAUGAUCACCGAGUACAACGUCAGCUACACGAACGAGGACGUGACCAACCCUCCCCUGACGAACCUGACGGGGAACAUCCCAGGCCCGCUCAACCCUCAGUACUGGAUCCCCUUCACCGCCCCUGUGAACAGCACCGGUGCCGGAGGGGGGCCGACGCUCUUCCUCCCAGGGACGAACAUGAACCAGAUGGCAGCGAACUCCCCCGCACCAGUGAACCUGACCGCUCUUGGCGAGGCGCUCCCCGGGUCGACACCUGCUACCUCGGCUGCUGCGGGUGGGUCAUCCCCCUCCCCUUCGGCAGGCACGUCUGGCGCGGUAGAGCUCAGGAUGGGCGCUGUGAGCCUCCUCCUCGCCCUUACCGGCGUGGCGGCUUUCCUCCUUUAAACAUCUGUCUUCAAUGGGAGUGGGUAUGAGAAAAAAUGUUGUUGAUGGCGUUUAGUUCGGGUAGUACGAUGAAAGGGGUUUCAUUUGGUCUACAAGAUUGGGAUAUGAACGUACGGCUAAAAUGAUGACGGAAUGAGCAUGAG